CUUGUGCCCGUGUCUGCCCGCUCUGCAUGACGAAAGCUCAAUUUCCGCCAGGAAUACCCCACUUGCUCUUUGCGGGCGACCCACGUGUGACGCAUCUGGCGGUUGCCGAUGACGAUGCUGUGCAACAUUGUGUGGCAGUCACUGUCGGAGGGGUAGAGGGGUGCCUGGCGAAGUGAGAAGGCACGGUCAACAAACGAGAUAUAUAAUGUUUCCUCAAGCCCCCUGAAUACAAAUUCAUAUCCUUCAUCAUCAAUUCUCUACAAUCAAUCAAUCUACCUCCAACCAAACCCCAAAUCACAUCCUUCAAAAUGUCUGCCCCUAACGUCAACAAGCCCAACGAGUCCAUCGUCGGCCAGGCCGCCAACGCCGUUACCAACGCCGCCAACUACGUCUCCGAGACCAUCCAGGGCAAGAGCGCUGAGGCCAGCAAGGAGGCCAACAAGGAGCAGGCCAAGGGCAACGUCCCUGGCAAGGACUCCCUCUCCGACCGUGUCUCCGGUGCCACUGGUGCCAUCUCCGACAAGCUCGACCAGAGCAAGCACGACGCUUCCGCGACUGCCAACAAGCACGCCAACUAGAGUGCUCCAUCCUACACAUCAAAUCAAGACUUCACAUCAAUGAUACGAUGACGACCUCUGGGCAUUCAGCAUGACCCAUCAAAACGACUAAAAAAAUUGGGCGGAUUAUGAUAACAUAAAAUGGCACUUUAGUAGCGGUAGACGACUUUUCUUCUGUCAGAUAGUCCUACAAAUGCCAAAAACAGCUUAAGAAA